GAAGACGUUUACCGCGACCACGUCGGUUGUCGGACAUCGGUCGUCGAAGUAUAUACUUCGCUUGAUCUAUAACUACAUCUCGUCAUGAGAUAAACGUGAAAUAUUGAAGUAUCCUGUGACCUCAAUAAAGACUGUGCGCGUUACAUUUUAAGACAAACUGAAGUAAAGAACUGAAAAACAUUAGUUUUUAUCUUUUUAGUAAAUCCUUUUGUGAAGACUGCGUCGUCAAAAAGUGCUUAUUGCUCUCAAAAUGGUUUCUUCAGCUUUGCUUCAUUUUGGUCUUGCAUUCAUCUUUCUGUACGUGACGCCAUGUCAUAACACUUAUUACAGAGAUUUGAAUUUGGAAAUACCAAAGAUAGAGGCCAGACAAACACCGUUUCGGAUUCUUUUUGAAAAUUCGAAGACUCGCAGGCUUUUCUGCGGCGGAACUCUAAUUAAUAAUAAUUUCGUUCUUACCGCUGCUGAAUGCUUCGUACACCGACAUUUUCACGAUGUAAAUGCAUAUACUGUCGUUAUGAAUUUAGAUAAGGAUGAUCUUACUGUCAAUGUACGCAAGAUUACGAAAAUAUAUAUACACAAUCUGUACAAUGUUCAGUAUCCGUGGCGUCACGACAUCGCAUUAGUCAAAUUAGGGGUGUAUAUUCUCCCAGCCAACCUUAUGACUAAUUUUGUACCCUGGAGUCGUACGAGUUCUUUGCCUCAAAGAGGAGUAGACCAAUAUUUGAGACAAACACCCUUACUGUUAAAACUUUCCGGAUAUGGAAUAAUAUCUGAAACCAGGCUACCAGGAUCCUUCUUGUUGAGAGCAUCUUAUACUUAUAUAGUCACGUGGGAAAGUUGCGAAAGUUUGUACCACCAAAUUCAGUUCCAAAUUUCCGACUCACAUAUCUGCGCAUAUGAUCCACUCAGAUACGAGAUACUUCGCACCAGCGACGUGGGCAGUGCUUUGAUUUAUAAUGAAAACGUAACUGUCGGAAUUGCAUUAAGCUCAAACGGAGGAAACAUAUUCUUUGCCUCGAGUAUUCCCGUAGACAUUCCCGACAAAUCUGUAUCGAUGUCGUUUUAUUUCGAGGCGAAUUACGGAUUGCCAAGCGAAUGGAAUUCCACUUACUACUAUUACGACGGAAGUUAUUUCGAAAAACGAAGUCUCAGUCGUCAACUGAUAUACAGCUUGUUCACAAACAAACUGGAAAGAUAACAAAACUGUGAUUAAAACCACACACACGUAAAUAUAUUCUCUACCAACACUCUGGGCUAUCCUGAACAAGAUUGUUUGUUGAAAGUAAUUUGUCAAGCUGCAAAAUAUGCUUUAAGCGAAAACGGUGUGCUUGGGGAUAUUCUCAAAAUCAUAUUCACACCUUUCACGUCGAGAAGCGAGGAGCUUCCGAAUGAGAUGACGCAAGCUGAGCACGAGCAACUUUGCGAUCAACGUUACGAAAACUGUUCUCUGAAUCCUUUAGAUUUAAUAAUAAAUAAUAAUAAUAAUAAGUCAUUACGUCGAUUAUUAAAAAUCUACACAAAAUUCGACACAAUAUUCGAUAAGUAUUGAAAAUAA